AUGGGUCUCUUCUCGAAAAAGUCGGCUGCGCCUGCGCCGCGAGUUCAAACACAAAAUGAGAUCGACCUCGCUGCUGAGCAGAAGGUCACUUUCCGUGCCGUCUUUCUUGGUGUCGUCGCCUCUGUAGGUGGCUUCAUGUUUGGCUACGUCAGUGGUCAAAUUUCCGGUUUCUUCGAUAUGCCAGACUUCGGUCGCCGGUUUAGCAACUACCACGACGGGAACGGCUAUGUCUUCGAAGCCUACCGACAAGGUGUCAUCGUCGCGCUGCUUCCUGCUGGUGCCCUUCUGGGCUCGCUUGUUGCUGGCAAGAUUGCCGAUUCCCUUGGUCGCCGUAUCGCCAUCUCUGCGUCCGCCCUUUUCUCCUGCAUCGGAACAAUCAUUGAGAUCACCUCUACCUCGGAAUGGGCCCAGUUUGCGGUCGGUCGUCUUGUCACUGGUGUUGGUAUCGGUGCCCUGUCCGUCGUCGUCCCCAUGUACCAGUCCGAGUCUGCUCCCGCCAUUCUCCGUGGUAUCCUUGUCUCGUGCUACCAGCUCUUCAUCACUCUCGGUAUCUGGACUGCUGAGAUGAUCAACUACGGUACUCACGACCUUACCAACUCUGGCUCUUGGCGUAUUCCCAACGGUAUCUCCUUCCUCUGGGCCUUGGUUCUGGGUGGCGGAAUAUUGUUCCUUCCCGAGUCUCCCCGUUACGCCUACCGUGUUGGUCGCGUUGACGAGGCCCGCAACACCAUUGCUCGCCUUGCCGGUCUCGAGCCCACCGCCCGCUCCGUCAACAUCCAGAUCGAUGAGAUUCGUAUCAAGCUCGAGGAGGAGAAGGCUGGUGCCGACACCAAGUGGUACGAGAUCUUCGGAAAGUCUCUGCUGCGCCGUACCCUCAUUGGCAUCAUCCUUCAGUCUGGCCAGCAACUUACUGGUGCCAACUUCUUCUUCUACUACGGAACCACCAUUUUCAAGGCCACCGGUUUGGAAGACUCUUACGUUACCCAAAUUAUUCUCGGUUCCGUCAACGUUGGAUGCACUGUCGCCGGUCUCUGGGUCGUCAAGAAUGUUGGCCGCCGCAAGGCUCUCAUCGCUGGUGCCCUGUGGAUGACCAUGUGCUUCCUGAUCUACUCUUUCGUCGGAAGAUUUGUGCUUGACCCCGUCAACCCCGCCAGCACCCCCGAGGCCGGCAACGUCCUUAUUGUCUUCUCGUGCUUCUUCAUCGUCGCCUUCGCCACCACUUGGGGUCCUCUUGUCUGGGCUGUCGUUGCCGAGCUCUACCCUGCUCGCUACCGCGCUCCUGCCAUGGCCCUGGCCACCUCUUCCAACUGGAUGUGGAACUUCCUCAUGUCCCUCUUCACGCGUCCCAUCACUGACUCCAUUGGCUACUUCUACGGCCUGGUGUUCGCCGGAUGCUGCCUUGCCCUCGCUGCUUUCGUUUGGCUCUUUGUGAUCGAGUCCAAGGAUCGCACUCUUGAGGAGAUUGAGACGAUGUACGAGCAGAAGGUCAGCCCUAGGCACUCAAGCCGCUGGCAGGCUGGUGGCCAGAUGGGCCAGCGUGAUCACGAGGAGAAGCCUGAGAUUCACAGUGGAUCUGCGACGACCUCAACCCACGGCGACGCUUAG